AUGGGGUCAGAGUUAUCCGAGCCGACUUCUCCAAAAGUGACAUGUGCAAGACAGAUCAAGGGUCGACCAAAGUCCGUACCAUGCAAGGAUUUGCAAUCGGUAAUGGAAGAGAUUGAGAGGCUUCAUAAUAACAAGAACCCUAGAAAGAAAACUACUUGGGGCAGAGCAUUAGGGUUCAAGAAAGAAUCCAUGCAAUUCGUGACAUGUUUAAAGAGUUUUAAGCUUGAUUUGGGAUGUUUUGGUGCAUUUCCGCAUGCAAAUGGUACUUCAGAUGAUGAAGUGGAAGAUGAUGCUGAUAAGGAAGAGAUUAAUCAUGAAAAGAAAGUAAUGGGGUUUAGAGGGUAUGAUCUUGAACAUGAUGAUGAUGAUGAUGAUGAUGAUGAUGAUGAUGAUGAUAGUGAAGAGGGAUCAUCCAAAAGUGCAUUUUCCAAAAAAUUUAUGGUUUUGGAGAAGAAACAUGAUUUUCGGUUACUUGAAAAAGAAGGAAUUGAUAAAACAAAAUAUGAUGAUCAUGAGCAUCAAGCUCCAUGUACACCACCGUCAAAUGCACUCUUGUUGAUGGGAUGUUGUUCUGCACCUGCAAAAAGCUGGUUAGAAGAGAAAGAAGAAGAAGAAGUUGAUGGGGAUGAGGAUGAUAAUGAUGGUAAAAAACAUGAUAAUAAUGAUAGUGCAGAUGAUGGUCAUGAUGAGAUGAAAGGGGAAAAUUUGAUGGAAGUAAUGAAAUUUGAAGGAGAUUUUUACAAAUUAUCGUGUGAUAUCGCAAAAGAAACGUGGGUUGCUGCUGGAAUUAACAAGGAUCCGUUUUCAAUAACUCAAAGUUCAAAAAGAUAUUCGACAGAAUGUCUUCUAGAAGUUAAAGCUUGUUUACAAUGA